CCUAAAUUCCUAUGGGUUUCAAGGUUUCAGCUUUGCUCUUCAUUUGCAUGGCUUGCAUGGCGUCGCCGCCGGUUUAUGGCUGUGGUGGCUGCCCGCCGUUGCCGUCGCCGCCUUACCACCGCCCUAGCCCGCCCAAACCUCGCCCCCAUCCACCCAAAACUCCCCGUCCCCAUCCGCCGCCGGUCGUAAACCCUCCAGUCAUUUUACCGCCUCCCGGCGUCCUGCCGCCGAUCAUAAACCCUCCGGGCAUCCUCCCGCCGAUAAUCAACCCUCCAAUCAUCAACCCACCGGGCGGCGGCGGAUACCCACCGUAUACUCCGGCCCCCGGCGGCGGCGGCGGGGGAAUUUUCCCUCCGCCGGCGGCGAAAUGCCCGAUAAACGCGCUGAAAUUAGGGCUGUGUCUUGACGUUCUGGGCGGAUUAGUGCACGUCGGAAUAGGGAAUCCGGUGGAGAAUGUUUGCUGUCCGGUGCUUCAAGGGCUGCUGGAGCUAGAGGCGGCGGUGUGCCUUUGCACCACCAUAAGAAUAAAGCUUCUCAACCUCAACAUUUUCCUUCCACUGGCUCUGCAAGUUCUUGCCACUUGUGGCCUCACUCCUCCUCCUGGAUUUACUUGUCCUCCUCUUCUUUAAUUGUCUUCUCAUUUCCCACAAUCCUUAUUGCAUGCAAUGUUAGUUUUUCAUUCUAUUCAGAGAGAGAGAGGGGGAGAGAGAGAGUGCAAAGUUUAAUAAUGUAAUCUACUAGGAAGUUAAUUGCCAAUUAGCAACCUAUUGUCAAUCUUAGUACUACUUCAAUUAUUGUUUUUUUUAGUUUCACAAAUUUAAGGUGUGAUCAUGUGUAAUAGUCUUUAGAGUCUACUACUACAUAUACUCCAUUUUUCUACUCCCUCA